AUGGAUCAACCUUUGAUGGCUGAAAGGGCUCAAAAUGAGGCAGACACCAGUGAUUUGGAUGCAUUCCCUCAGCCCAGCUCAUCGACCCGGGACCACAAGCCAGGCCGUAGCGAAGUUCACCGUCAUAGCAAAUCCCGACACCACAGCGUGUCCACUCCCCGUGAUGUGUCCCGUCACCACAGUGUGCCCCAUCCCUAUGACAUGUCCCAUCAUCAAGGUGGAUCUCACCACCUCGGUGCGGUCCAAGACUUCCCCGACAAUGCCUCCUCCCCCUACUCCCACCGCUCCAGGUCCGCCACCCUGGCUCCUCCCCGUGGCCUUAGUCUCUCCCACCAUUCCAGCGACGAGGUCUUUGAUGGUAGCAGGAGACCUAGCAGCAGGCCCCGCCAGCACAGUGAGUCGCGCAGCCGCAGUGAGUCGCGUCGCCGCAGUGAGUCCCGUCGCCGCAGUGAGUCCCGUCGCCCCAGCGAGUCGCAUCGCCGCAGCGAGUCCCGUCGCCGCAGUGAGUCCCGUCGCCGCAGCGAGUCCCGUCGCCCCAGCGAGUCGCGUCGCCGCAGCGAGUCGCGUCGCCGCAGCGAGUCGCGUCGCCGCAGCGAGUCCCGUCGCCGCAGCGAGUCGCGUCGCCGCAGCGAGUCCCGUCGUCGCAGCGAGUCCCGUCGCCGCAGCGAGUCGCCUGGGCCUCACGACGGUGGAGAAUCCUACUACGACAGCGGGGCCUCCCUCCGCGCUGGGCCCCGCCACUCUGAUGCUCACGACCACGGAGGGCGCCGUCACCCUCAAACCCACCAGCACAGAAGGUCUCUUCAUCAAGGAGAGACCGAGUCCCACCAUUCCUUUGGGGGCUCCUACCACCAGGGCUCACCUCGCUACCGCGACGAGAGCCAAGACAAGAGCCACCCCAGAGAGCGCCAUCGUGGCAGCUCCCAAGUCUCUGGCUCGCUCGAGUCGCACAGCAUGGGCAGGGUCGCCUCGGCGCCUUCUGGUGCAGCGGCCAGCCAGCCCAGUGCGGCACGCAUACAGAGCGUGGCCCUCGUGGCCCUCGGCCUGACUCCUUCCCACAGUGCACGGUCCCCACAUACCACCCAGAGCUCCGGCGAAGACUUUCCUCGGGUUCCCUCCUCUGAAACCGCGGAAAACUGGGAUGAAGACGACGAGGAAUUUCAGAGGCACAGAGCCAGUCGAAGCCAGCGGCCCCACAAGAAGCCGCACAACGUGGACUUCUUCAGCCGGUUGUGGGAAAGAUUAUGCUACCUCCUUCAGGAACUCCGGAACAUGCUCAGGAAACUGACUGAGUCCCUGGUCUUUGAGGCCUUCAUCUUCCUUAUCGUCUGCCUCAACACCACCAUGCUCGUGACCCAGACCUUCGCUGAAGUCGAGGUCCGGGUUGAGUGGUUCUUCGAGGCCUUGGACUCCAUUUUCCUCAGCAUCUACAUAGUGGAAGCUAUGCUCAAGAUCAUUGCUAUGGGCUUCGAGUAUUUUUCUGACUCCUGGAACAAUCUGGACUUCUUCAUCAUGGUCAUGGCUGUGCUGGAUUUCAUGCUCAUCCAGCUCAACUCCAACUCCUUUAACAGCGUAGUCUACAAACAAAACGUCUUCCUGAUCUUCAAGGUCUUCAAGAGCCUGCGGGCCCUGAGGGCCAUCCGGGUCCUGCGGAGGCUCAGCUUCCUGACCAGCUUCCAGGAAGUGACAGGGACCCUGGUGCGAUCCCUGCCGUCCAUCACUGCCAUCCUCAUCCUCAUGUUUACCUGCCUCUUCCUCUUCUCUGUGGUGCUCCGGGCACUAUUCCGCCAGUCUGACCCCAAGCGCUUCCAGAACAUCUUCACCACCAUCUUCACUCUCUUCACCUUGCUCACUCUGGACGACUGGUCUCUCAUCUACCUGGACAGCCGGGCUCAGGGCGCCUGGUACAUCAUCCCCAUUCUUAUGAUUUACAUCAUCAUCCAGUACUACAUCUUCCUCAACCUGGUGAUUGCCGUCCUGGUGGAUAACUUCCAGAUGGCACUGCUCAAAGGCCUGGAGAAAGUGAAGCAGGAGGCUGCCCAGGUCAAUGAGAAGCUGCUGGAUGAGUCGCUGACAGAGCUCAGGAGAACAGAGCCUGAAGAGACAAUAAGUGAACACAGUAAACAGAAGUAUCUCAUUGAGAAGAAAUUUGGGUCCAUGACUGAGAAGCAGCAGGAGCAACUGUUCCACUUUCUCCAAUUGAUGGCUGGGGUGGAGCAUUAUCAACAGAAAUUUCGCUCCCAGGCAACUGUCAUUGAUGAAAUUGUGGACACUGCAUUUGAGGCUGGAGAAGAAGACUUCAGGAAGUGA